CGGGAGGAGCGGUACCUGCAGCCGACACCAGGUCGCGGGCGGGGUACGGUACAGUGUCGCUGUACCGGCGCCAGCCUCGCCUCUAGCAGACGCCGGGCGGUCUGUUUGCUACACCUCGGGCACCGGAUCCGAAGAGGAAGAGCCCCAGGGGAGGCUAACGUGCGCCCGCCCGAGGCUAUGGCGGGCCAGCGCUCGCCCAGGCUGGCUGGCGUUAAGGUGUCCUGGCUAACACGGGGAGGGAAAUCGAAGGAGAAAGAGGAGCCGCAAAGCUCCCCGAGGCAGGAGGAGAGGGGCCCGCUGGUCCAGGCCAUGCUGGAGCACGGGGGAGACCCGUGGGACUGUAAAGUCGUGAGGCAGGAACCCACGCUGAAAACUGCGGAGAGGCUCUGGCUGGAUUACGUGUCCGUCUAUCAUCCCAAGGGGGAGAAGAAGUGCUCGGCCCUGCAGUGGCUGUUGUUCCACCUGUCCCGGGCCUUGCAGGCGGCGGUGGAGGAGAAGGAGCAGCGCAUCCAGACGCUGCGGGACGCGCUGCAGGUGUGUCGGACCGAGGUGCUGGCGCUGCGGUGCGACGGCUCGCUGCUGGCACAGCAGGACGAGCAGCCGCGGGACGGGCUGGCGGCCGGGGCGGCUCGGAGCGCCUGGCCGAGAGGCAAGGUGCGGGGCUCGGGCAGCCUGCCCGCGCUGCCCAGGGGCCUGGGCCGGAGGAACGUGGACGCUCUCGGUAAGGCAGACCGGGACCUGGAGGCGGGGGAUGGGGAUGGCUGGAGUGUGGAGGCGCGGGAAGAGUCGGCGGCACAAGGAGGGGAUGCUGUGGGUGCUGGGAUAGUGCAGGUGCCGGAGGGAGACGGAGGCCUUGGAGAGAGGGAUGCCUCCAGGAAGGAGAAGGUUUGGAGGAAAGAGAAGGUCUGGAGGAAACAGAAGGAGGGGUGGCCUGUGUGGGUAAACCGAAUAUGGAGCUUGGAGCAGAGCACUCCCUUCACGCCCGAGGCGGCAAAGCGCGCCGUGACCGCCAUCGGGCUGCCGUGGCCCAAGGUGGGGGCGGUCAUCAGAGCCCUGCCUGCCGAUGAGACCUCGGGCGGGGAGAUCUUACGGCUGGUGAUCAGAAAUCUGGGAGAGUACGAGCCUCUCAGGGAUAACAUGGAGGGGGCACCCUGGAGAGAUGUCCAGGAGGUGUCAGCCUACGUGUGUGGGAAUGUCUUGCUCCGGGUGUUAAAGCAGAGGGAGAAACCUGUAACGCCCGACUUUGACGUCUUUGGGGUGACUGUGGAGCAGGGGGAUGUGGGGGUGCUGGCCUGUCGUGCUCCCAAGCUGCACAAGGAGUUUUUCAUCAGCCUGGGCUCUACUUUAAUCGGCCGCACCCUUGGUGAGUGCAUGGCUACCUUGGAGAGCAUGGGCACCCUGAUGGGAGCUGAGGGGAAAGGGCAGGCGAAGAAGGACGGCAUCGGGGAAAAGGGGAGGAAAUAUAUUCCUAGAGGGACAAUUUGGAAGUAUUUGAUAAGCCAGGGAGUGAGUGAGGGAGAGCUAGAUAGCCAGCCCACGGGAGUUUUAAUUGUCAAAAUGAAGAAGAUCUUUCAGGAAAAGGGGAUGAAGCAAGAGGAGAUUCUGGAAAAAAUGAAGCAGAUGGCUCUCUCAGAUCCUCCCCCUGACCCAAGGAGAAAGCCGUACCCACGCUCAGAGGAACUUAAGGAUUAGGAGUCCCAGCUGCUGGUGUCAGUGGGACUGACCUCCGGUGUACUGACCUGAAGAGCAAGAUAGACCGAGGCAAUGGCUGUGUGUGAGGUUACUGCUGACACCAUGGUUUGGUGUUGGUGUGAAGUGUUUAACAGACGUGGUCCUCCUGUCUUAAGUGAUUCAGAUAAAGGAAAACACUUGACAGAUGCACCAGUCCAGAAGUUUUGGGAAGGGGUGCAUUGGUUAACUUGCAUUUCCCACCAUCCACGGUCCUCUGGGGUAGUGGAGAGAGCUUAUGGGUCUGUCCAAGGGAGAUGGAUGCUAACUGAUGAAGAAAGAAGUCUAAGCUGGAGCACCUCUGUUUGCCUGCUGGGCCCUGGGAGCAAAGAGCUUGCCAGGUACCACUGCAGCCUUAUGGGCUGGUGUGUGACCUUGCCCCACAGACUGCCAUCCUCUGUAGCAGUGCCAGCGAGCCACUGCAUGCCCUCGAUCCUGGUGCAGUCAGCAGAGAGCAAUGAGCCCCUGCAGUGCUCUGGCAUCGCACAGCUGGGGGACAGCAGGCUAAUGCACAGCCACAGGAAAAUCAACCCCCACUGGCAAAUGGGGCCUGUCCACACCCCUGGUACAAAGGAGAAGGCCCAGAGAAAACUUGGGUGUGAUUGUGGUUUGUGAGUUGGGAAAUGCAGAACUAACUGGAAACAAAGAGGGAUGGGGUUUAUGGGUAGAUGGGUUCUACUGCCAGGAAAUUGGAGUGUUUCUAACUAAUAUGUGAGAUUAUUCUUUAGGAUCAAAUGUGGCUGUGGGAUUGAUCACAUGUGUGGAGCACUGAGAGCCAUCUUCUUCGAGGUGCUCCUUGUUAAGACAGCAUCAGGAAUACUGUUAAAGCAUUGCCGGUCCUGGUGGCCUCUAAGUGUAAGAGUGAUGGUUUGGGUGUGGAACUCUUGCUAUUAAUAGUUUUAUUUCCUUCAGAAAAUACGUCAAAAGUAUUUUAGUGAGACCUGGACACGAUGGAGAUGACCUCAUGUGCUUGCUUUCCUGGUAGUAAGCAUUUGUUAAUAGUCUUUCUAGAACUGACUUCACCUGUAAAGAAGUAUAGACUGGACAAAAGGUGGAAUUAAUAAAUUAGAUAUUCCUCUUGGAUCCUGGUAUGAGUCAGCCACAAAAGUUGCAUGGGAUACAAAUGGUACCUUUGCAACCAGUGUGAUAGUAGGGUGGUGCAGUUGCACCAGCUGAUACGCUCUUAAUUGACUGGAUAGUGGCAGAACCAGAAUCUGCACUGAGCAUAUCUAAAGCUAAAAGCACACCGUCCACAAGUAUCUGCAAACCCUGUGGGACAGUAUCCAUAUUAAUCCUGUAACAUGGGGAAGGAGAUGGGGGAUUGAUAGGUGAGGCAUGAACUAUCUGGAAUACAUCCAGAGUGUGACCUGCAUGUGCAGAGGCUGUGCAAAAGCUCCAUCCUUGGAGGUACUCAAAAGCUAUCCAGAGACAGUCUUGAGCACCUGGCUGCAGGUGACCCUGCUUGAGCAGGGGGUUGGACCAGAUGAUCUCAAGAGGCCUCUUUCAACCUCGGCAGUUCUUUUAUUCAUUCUAUGAAUGUGGCAGCAAUUCUGAAUUGUAUACAAGGUAAAUGGGUAAGACACUUCAGACUGUUGUCUUUGUGUGAUGCAACAACAAUGGGUAAAAGCAACCGCCAAGUUAAACCAAAGCAAACCAACAAACUAUAAGGGAUUAAAUUCAAUAGUAUUAUCUAUUUUACUCUUGUUCUAUUGGUAGCUGAUAAAACAUCUUUUUUCAGGUGGAUUAGCUCUGUUCUCAUGGGUAACAUGCCAAAGAAAUCCCAUGUUUCAAGGGAAGUUUCACCAACUGCUGUUGCAAAGGGACAACUAAAUGAAACGUAUGUGUUGUAGUCCUGCACAAUUGGUUGUGAACCAUGGGAGGAUAUUGUCACAUGUCAGUAGAAUGGGGAAUGCCGGUGGUGUUUGGGAACAGGCUAUGUAUGCGUUGCCUCACCUGUAACGGGAGAGUGGGAGGAUAACAUGAGCUCUCUGGCUCCAGAAGAUCAAAGAUGUGGUGUUACAUCUGCUGCCAGCGUACAUCCAUUUGCCUGUUCUCAAAAGCAAGGUUUUGCUCUACACCGAGGGAUUGGUGGCUGAGAGGUUUUGCUGGGAUGAGGUGUUUGGAGAAGACAGAAAGGAGCUGAGAAGCUGGAGAGCAGACAAGGAGUUCCCAGCCUGAGGACCACCUUGGCAAGUAAGGAACUGUCAGAACUGGAGACUGAAGCUUGAACUGUACCUAGUUGGUGUGAUGUAUCCAUGGGCUGAUUUCCACAAGCUAGUGCUAUGCAGCACUUGAUGUGCUUAAUCCUGUACUUGUUAUUAGUUGUGAUAAAAGUGAUGUUGCUCUUUGAAAUGAAGCAAAGCAUGUGUAGAAGAACAAAGGAAAGAGUGUGCUCAUGUGCCCUGUUGAACAUCUUGUGUGCAUUUCUAGCCUGAGGGUUGUGAUGGCUUCCAGCUGAAAGUGUUUGAGCUUAUGAGCACCCAGAGUAGUGUGAAUGUCCUUGGAGGAGGCUGGGCAGACCGGGGGGGGUGGCUUGUGGUAAGAAGUCCCAUUGGAGCACACAGAGCCGUGGCCCAGCAGUGCUGGCAGUAGGGAUGACAAGGGCCUUGGCUGCUGCUCUCUGGUAUGUAAACUGCCAGAUAAGGCCCUGUGAGUGCUCCCCCAGCUUGUGUGGAAAUGGAGGCUAAAGUGGAAUUGUUGUGUCCACUAAUCACACAAAACCCCCAAUGGGACAACCCUGGGGGAGUUGUGGGGAGCCAGGCUGCCCGCAGUGGGCAUCUCAGGCUGGGGCUGCCUGGAUAAUGGCACAGGCAAUGCCACAGUUAGGUAUGGCUGUGGCAAAAUGAGGACCAAGGCAGAGGAAGUAAUUGGGGACAGGUGACUUAUUUGUGAGGGAUUUGGUUAAAGGAGAGCAGGUGGCAAAAAGGUGGUCCUUGAGGAAGAAUGAAGGAUGAGGUAUGAAGUCCAUGGAAGAAGACUAGCAGGCUCCUGCUGAUGGUGGGUGCCUACAGCUGGCAGCAACACUGAGCUGUGGACUCGAGCCCUGGGAGGCUGGAAGGCUCUGCCUGGGGUAACCCGAUGGACUCUCCCCAUCAUGUCUCUGGCCAUAUGUCAUGACAUGGGGUGAUGAACCUGGACUUUGGGACUUUGCAAACUGCCAUUGAGGGCUGGCUGUGUGUGAAACUCAGUUCUGAGAUGGAGAGCUUGUAACUUCAGAGCUGUGCCUUAUGGUUUGCUUAACUUGUGUAACUUAAUCAGUGGUGUGCUACUUAGUAGUUCAUUAUUUUUCUGGUUUGCUAGUUUCCUUACAGUGUGCCUGCCAGUCAAUAAAGACUGUGCUUCAGUUAUGUCUUGGGUCACUGACCUGAAGGGGGGAACCAGCUGGGCACAGUCAGAGCUGUGUCUGCCCCAUGGGUGCACUGCCUGCCAGGAGCCUUCCCCUCAGAGCCCGGGCAGCCCAGAUUGCACCUGCAAGACAAGGGCUGGUCCCUGCCUGCCCAGGAACACUAUUACCAGCCUGUGUGCUGUCAGAGGUAGAAAUCCAGGUGUGUAGUGGCCAGGCAGAACCAUCAAGGCUACUGUAGGUUCUCAAAGUCCACUCACUCUGCCCCACAUUGACGAGCAGCACCAAGAGCCUGCCAGGGUAGAUGUUUGGCGGGAAAAGCCCAGUCUCCAGCUGCCUCAGAAGAGCAGCAGACUCUCAAUGCAACAAACAAAAGUAUGUUCAACCUUUAGAAGAAUGAGACUAAAGGUCUGCUGAAGUUCGGUGCCACAUGAUGGGCAAAUCAAGUUCAUCCUUGAAGUGUUACAAAUGAAGUAAUUCACUCUGAUUUCAAUUGUUUUAAACUCAUGACUCUUA